GUGGGUGGAGUUGCUGGAGUCGGUGCCUCACUCUUAAGCUUCCCCCGUCCACCGGCGGCAGAGCCGGCCGGGGCAGCGGGGUCUGCUCCAAGGCCUAGCGGGUUUGGACUCGCCCUCCCGACUUACUGCUACGUAACCGGGGCUGGGGGGGUGAGGACCGCCCCUGAGGUCUCUUUCCAGGCGACCUUCGGCGCCUCCUGGAAGAGAAGAAGAAUCUAAAUUAGGGAAAGGAGCUAACCCUUAUCCAGGACCAGGCUCUUUCACCUGCGAGGCUCCCUCAAUCUGCACCUCAGCCGUGAGGGAGGAAUUGAUCAUCCUGUUUACUGAGGAAGAAACUGGGGCUCAGAAAGAUACCAUGGUGUAAUUUGAGGAGCGACAUCUUCUGAAAACUCAGAACAGAAGAAGCCUUUUUGGCCAACAUGGAGGAAAAAAGACGACGAGCCCGAGUGCAGGGAGCCUGGGCUGCCCCUGCGAAGAGCCAGGCCAUUGCUCAGCCAGGUACCACUGCUAAGAGCCACCUCCAUCAGAUGCCUGGUCAGACCUGGAGGAACAAGGACCAUCUGUCUAACAGAGAAUUUGUGUUCAAAGAACCCCAGCAGGUAGUACGUAGAGCCCCAGAGCCACGAGUGAUUGACAGAGAGGGUGUGUAUGAAAUCAGCCUAUCACCUACAGGCGUAUCUAGGGUGUGUUUGUAUCCUGGCUUUGUUGACUUAAAAGAAGCAGACUGGAUAUUGAAACAGCUUUGUCAAGAUGUUCCCUGGAAACAGAGGACCAGCAUCAGAGAGGAUAUAACUUAUCAGCAACCAAGACUUACAGCAUGGUAUGGAGAACUUCCUUACACUUAUUCAAGAGUCACUAUGGAACCAAACCCUCACUGGCAUCCUGUGCUGAGCACACUAAAGCACCGCAUUGAGGAGAACACCGGCCACACCUUCAACUCCUUGCUCUGCAAUCUUUACCGAAAUGAGAAGGACAGUGUGGACUGGCAUAGCGACGAUGAACCCUCACUCGGGAGGUGCCCCAUCAUUGCUUCACUCAGUUUUGGUGCCACACGCACUUUUGAGAUGAGGAAGAAGCCACCGCCAGAAGAGAAUGGAGACUACACGUAUGUGGAAAGAGUGAAGAUACCCUUGGAUCACGGGACCUUGUUAAUCAUGGAGGGCGCCACACAAGCUGACUGGCAGCAUCGAGUGCCCAAAGAAUACCACUCUAGAGACCCGAGAGUCAACCUGACCUUUCGGACAGUUUAUCCAGACCCUAGAGGGGCACCCCAGUGAUGUGAGAUCUUUGAGAGAGAAGCCGCACUGAGACUGAGCAACCCUUCCACGGAGAAGAAACUUCAAGAGGCCGGUUCCCACUGAUCUCAUGGUGUGGCUGUUUGGAAGAUGGUGGGGUUUGUUUCCCAGCUCCUAUUAAAUGAGAGCCAGCAGUUCA